GGGGGGGACCCCCUGGCCACCCCCGGGCUGCCUGUGGGCCCCGUCACCCUGAACGUCGGUGGCAAAUUUUACAGCACCACGCUGGAGACCUUGACCCGCUUCCCCGACUCCAUGUUGGGGGCCAUGUUCCGGGGCCCCCGGCCAGCCCACACCGACCGGCGAGGCCACUACUUCAUCGACCGCGAUGGCAAAGCCUUCCGGCAUGUCCUCAACUUCCUGCGGCUGGGCCGCCUGGACCUGCCCGAGGGCUACUCGGAGCUGGCCCUGCUGCGGGCCGAGGCGGACUUCUACCAGAUCCGGCCCCUGCUGGCCGAGCUGGGCCGGCUGGUGGCCGAGCGCCGGCGGCACCGGGCCAACGCUGUGCUCCACGCCGACGUCGACUGCCAGGAGCGGCUGCUGCACUUCACCGUCCGGCGCGGGCCACAGAAUUAUGGCCUCAGCACCUGCCCGCUCCGCAUCUUCACCGCCAAUGUCUUCUGCACCGACGGGCAAUUCUUGGAGCUGCUGGGUGGCCGGCUGGGCCGAGCCGGAGACGCCGGGGGAACUGGUCGCUGGCUGAGCACUCUUGCCGAUGCCGAAUCCAACCACCGGCUGGGCAUGGCCGGGGAUGGGGAGUCUGUUGCUGCCCAAGAGGAAGGAUCCGGUUACCCAUCCGUCUCCGCGGAGGAGGGGGAAGCCCGGAGCCGACACCACCUGCGUCUGGAGUGGGCCCCGCGGCCCCUGGAGCUGCCCGAGGCGGAGUACGCCAAGCAGAAAGUGCGCCCUCUCCGGAUGGCGCCGCCGGAUGGGCGGGAGGUCCUCACAGCGGCGGAGUUCCUGGAGGAGGUGCUGAAGGUGGCCCUGGAUCAAGGCUUCCGGGUGGAUUCGGUCUUCCCCGACCCGGAGGACAUCCUCAACUCGCGUUCGCUGCGCUUUGUCCGCCACUGA